ACAACUAAAAAAAAAAAAACACCCCAAAAAAACACGAUGACGUUUUGAUGACUGCCCGCUACAUCCAGGGCGCACCAGAGCUGUCGAGAAGUUUCCUUCAUUGAAGAUUGUUUACGUUUUAAACGCGCUUUCGAGUUCUGUGGUUUCACAGAAUAAUGACUUUAUGUAAACCUAUGUUUUUUUUUAGCCAUGAAGGCAGCAUUGAGUGUCAAACCUUUCUCUCUUCCGCAAGCUAAUACGCAACUGUAAGCAUGCGCAGUCACCACUGCCAGCAGCUUUGUUGGGUUGCUACUUGCUAACUCUACUGCUAACAAGCAAGUGUUUCCUGCCUGUGACUGGACACAGCCAUGGAUAUCGACGCAUUAUUGGAAGCGUUUCAAGACUUUGAGAAGAAAGGGAAGAAAGACCUCUGUCCUGUUCUGGAGCACUUCUUGUGUCAUGUCGCUAAGACAGGGCAACCCAUGAUCCCAUGGUUGCAGUUCAAAACAUAUUUUAUGUUUAAGUUAGAAACUGUCAUGGAUGACUUCCAUGCCUCAACACCAGAACAGAGAGGACUGCAUAAUCCCAAUGUGGAGUAUGUCGCCUUUGAAGAAAUGAAGAAAAGAAUCUUAAAGAUAGUGGAUGGUUACAAUGGAAUUCCAUUCACUAUCCAGCGCCUAUGUGAACUCCUUACGGACCCCAAGCGAAAUUAUACAGGCACAGACAAGUUUCUUAGAGGUUUGGAAAAGAAUGUAAUGGUGGUGAGCUGCGUCUACCCUUCAUCAGAGAAAAAUGGGGCAUCCAGUGUAAACAGAAUGAAUGGAGUGAUGUUUCCUGGUAACUCCUCACUAUAUUCAGACAGUCGAAAUGUGAAUGGACCGGGUACACCGAAGACACUCCAUAGACCAAAGCUGUCCUUGUCCACUUCGCUUUCUACCAAUGGGCUCCCUGACUGUCCAGCCAGCACGGAACCAGAGCCAAUCCCUGAGGUGGAGGAGCACCCUGUGAGUGAAACACAACUAUCAGAGGAUGAGAUGUCACCAAAGAGCGGGAUAAAGAAGAAACACCCAGAGGAAGAAGGGGAACCAGAUGGAGACAAACAGGAGGUCAAGAGGCUGAAGUUUGACGAAAAGGAAGAGGAUGAAAGUGCAAGUGAAGAACAGGAGUCAUUACAUCACAGAGGACCAGAGGGCGUGCCUGCAAAAGCAGAGUCGGGAGAAGAAUCUUGUGGUCAAGAGAGCGAAAGUGGAACAUCCCAUGACUCAUCAAAUAUUUCAGACAAGCAUCAACCUGGCAGCACACAAACAGAACCAUCUGAGAAGGAAGGAGAGUCUUCCUCUGAGCCAGAGGCUGCGGUCGGUGUUCAGAGCGACAGCGCUGUGGACCGAUCUGAGGAAGCGGCUCCGACAGAGACCAACACGAGCUUUGAGCAGGACAGUGGGGAGAGCAGCAGCAGCAGCAGCAGCAGCAGCAGCAGCGAUGGGGAGAGCUUAAGCAGUGACAAGCAGGUUUCUUCUUCCAGUAAUUCACCCGACCUGUCAACAGAGGGAGGCGCCGACAUUUCAAACAGUGCAGAGACUGCAUUAGAACCUGGGGAACAUGACUAAGACAAAGGCCAGCAUGCCAGUUGACUUUUUUUUCCUUUUUCUUUUUUACACUGUAUGAUACCAUAUUAAGGGUAUAUCUGUAGCACUGUGGACCGUUAGGACCAAUAGCGACGUGGACCUCGAGACUCCUCACCGAAGGAUUUUCUUUUUUUUUUUUAUCCUCUUCGACUUCAGCUUCUCGUGGUCGCUCGUCAACAGGUCUUUAAACUGGAAGGAGAUCAUUUAAAUGAGAUCAUGGAGACUACCUUUUUCACUGUUGACUAAAAAAAAUUUUCUAAUAUUUUUUUUCUUUAUUUUAUUUUUUUUAUAUUUGAACAUUAUAUACACCUUUAUAAUGUAUUCAGUAAUUUCAGUAGUCUUUUGACAUUUAUUCCAAAGAGAUCCACCUGACAGAGGUUGUGUUUUAGCCUAAGCACAGUAGUUUCAACUGUCCCUGGGGUGAAUGCGUCUCUGGGUGCCCGAGGACACCUGCCAUUCACAAUGUGAAGCAAAACUUCACAGAUGUCUGCGUUUUCUACAAAGCACAUACCACAAAACAGAUUUCCUAACAUCGUGCAUAUGUUAGCAUUGGAGCCCACAAGAUGUGAGAAGUGUUGUCAUUUUUGAUUUGUCACUGUAUGAAGCCAAUGUUACACAUUUGUGCCAGUAGUGACCACUUUGGUUAGACAAAACACUGGUUUGGCAGAAGGGUAGCCAUUUCUCCGUCAGAGUCUACACAAAACACAAGGUACUUACACUUUCUGUAUGCCAUACCUUCGAAUUGUACGGCCGUCACUUUUGAUAUUUGGGAUUUUUACAGUACGUUUCUGUAAAUCAGUUUUUGUAGACUUGUAAUACAUGUCAGCUGCCUUCAAAAAACUGUUUGCUGGAAUUUGAAGGCUUGUAAGAUAGUAUUCAUGGAAAGCAAUAAAUGCUUAAAUAUGAAGUGACUACUGAAGUGAGUUAUUCUUUUUGUGAUACAGCGUGCGAGUAAGGACAGAAACAACUACUGUGUCAGCUCAGAAAAGGUCAAGUUCUUGACCUUUA